AUGAGGGUAUUUCAAUUUACUGCUACUCACCCCUUCGCAGUCAAAAUGCAAGUCGUGAGCCAGCCUAAUCGAGCACGGCUUCGACCACGAUAUGAUGAUGGAGACCUUCACAGCAAUUCAGCAGACUAUCCCGCCGUGAACGGAGAUCUGACUCAGACUCAGCGUUGCCUCCAAUUCAUUGAUAUGUUGAGGAUGCAUGCACACCUUCCGAGGAACUCACGAGAGAACUACUUACUUCCGGUCGUCAAUACUAGGGGUAUUCAUGCGCCCCCACCUAUAGCAAGCAUCUCGGUGCCUAAUACCUCCCAAACGUCGGGGCGUAGGAUUCGGCGCGUUCGAAGGCAAGAUAGCUCGGACACUCUAUUCGAGCAACGUGCAACGGACCGCCCACCUGGUCCCCAUAAAAUCCGGAGAAAGGAAUUGGGAGAUUUCUUCAAGCCGAUGUUUGAGAAAGAAUUCCCCGUAAUAUUUAUCUGUUGGGGCAGAAAAGAGCGCUGCCAGAUUGUUCCGGUGGUGAUCACUGACCCAACUGAUGAGGUUACCGCGUGGCAAGCAAUUUCCCAGGAGUUUUACGCACAGAGAGGCAUUUGGGCGAAAUAUUUGCCAUGGUUUUGUGUGAAUAAGGUGGAAAUUGUUGAUAUCUCUAUAUCAGGGCAGAAACUGGCCAGGGGUCGUCGAUCGACAGGCAUUGAAUAUGUUGGUAUAUAUAACUGUGAAGAUUUGGUUGCCAAAAGGAAGCAUUUGGAGCAAGUCAUCGCGGAUUACAAGCCUCAGGAUUGGCCUUGUCCGUAUAAAGCUUCCACUGGGGCCGUGUACUGUCAUGAUGACUGUGUAACGAGCUAUGCGGAUUAUGCAGAAUGCCCUGAGAGGACUAAAUUCAGAGCGGAACGAGAGCUCUCGUUACUCAGUCUCCGGCCUAUACUUACCCAGUGCUUCUUUCAAGCUAAGCUUGCUGCACACAAUCACCUCCUUAGCAGGGAGAGAUUAAUACAUGGUCACCAAGAUAUUCUGACAAAACUCAAUGUUUGGCAUUGUCCGGAGUUGGGUGAAGUUCAAUUUCGCGGCUUGAUGAUCGGCGACAAUUGGGAAGGCAAUUUGCAGCAUAUGGUGCUACUUGUGACAGUAAUACUAAUUUUGCUGAGCAUAGCCAUUGCAAGGUUAGUUUUCGAUGACUGGGAUAUAGCAUGGAACGUUGGUGCCUUCUUUGUAGGGUUGUUAAACUUGUUGAAAAAGGGGAAGAGUUGA